AUGGACGUUGUAUUCGCUAACAACACUGGUCGACGUCGGCCUCUAGAUUUCGAUAUAGUGAAAGAAUUUCUUAAAGAUAGAUCCCAAUCCGAUCUUGAUAUAUCGGAGGAGGAGAGGGAUCCUGCUAUUUCUGUACCUCGACUGUUAGAUGAAGAUAUGUCAGUACAUGAUCAACCACGUGACUUCGAAAGUGACAGUGGCUCAGAUUCAAAUAUCCCCUUAACUGAACUACUAACCUUAGAUCAAAAAAACAUACCUCCACCACCUGUAAAUCCUAGUACCUCCGAAAUCACAAGACGUCUUACAACACAAAAGAAAAGCUCCAGGAUACGGAAAGCUGCUAAUUUUACUGAUAUUCCUCAUAACUACUUCUCUCCUCCUGUACCCAGAGAAGUAAAGACACCAAUGCAGUAC